GACUUGUGGUGGUGGGGGGGGGGGGGGACAGACAUGGCAGCGAGGAAGAUGGCCGCUUCCACGGUGGUGCAGCGAAACCUGCCCUACCUGCGACAGCAGUUCCUGGCCGCGCUGCAGACCUGCAGCGCGGUCGUCAAAGUGCUGAGCCUGGCCGUGUUCCUCUGCUACUUCCUCUCCUACAGCCAGGUCGCGUCGCGGGCCGUGUGCGUCACGCCGGGCUACAUCAUACCGCCCAGCUUCUGGAUAUGGACCGCGUUCACGCACGCGUUCUUCGAGAACAGCGUCUGGAUGGUGAUCGCCGACAUCGUGACCGUCGGUCUGUGCGGAAAGCUCAUCGAGCCCCUCUGGGGCGCCAUCGAGAUGCUCACUUUCUUCGCCAUCGUCAACACGAGCGUCGCGUUCCUCUCGGUCGCCUACUACAUCGUUCUCUACUCGAUCACCUGGAACCCGGACUACCUGUUCGCCGUGCGAAUCCACGGGCUGGCCGGCUACUGCGCUGCCGUCAUGGUGGCGGUCAAGCAGAUCAUGCCCGACCACGUACUGGUACCGUUGCCGUUUGGCAAGAUCCGCAACCGGAACGUUCCUCUCACGGUGCUCCUGGCCUCGAUCAUACUGUGGGCAUGUCAGGUGCUUCGAGGCACCUACCCGGUGAUGUUCGCCUCGGGCGUGCUGUCCUCGUGGGUCUACCUGCGCUUCUACCAGCACCACAGCAACGGCAGCAAGGGUGACAUGGCGGACCACUUCACGUUUGCUAGUUUCUUUCCAAACGUGCUCCAGCCUCCCAUCGCUCUGUUCAGCAACCUCAUCUUCAACUUCUUUGUGAAGAUCAAGCUGUGUAGGAAGCCACCGCGAAAGUACAACCUGUCCAGUGGGUCUGCAUCCACCGUCACCAUCAACCUCCCGGGCACCGAUCCUCAGGAUGCGGAGCGGAGGAGGCAGAUAGCGCUGCGUGCCCUGAGUGAGCGGCUCACAAAGGUGGAACAGCAAUGGCCGCUGCUCUCCGACGAGGACCAGUCCUCGACAGCCAGCAGCAGCACGACAGCGGCGCCCUCUUUGGGCACCCCGCUGCACCAUCAAAAGCCGGGCCCUUCGGGCGAAGGGCCCGCAUCAUCUCAGGUGGCCAUCGCCAUUCCCAGCCUACCGCCGCCAACUGCGCGAGAGAUGCCCACCAGCCGCGAGUCGCCGCACGACAGCUCCGCCAAGGCACAGUCCUUGCUGGAUGCAUGACCCUCAACGAAUUGAGCGUCGUCCGUGUGGGUGAUUGAGUGGAAUCAUGCAUCUCCCAUCCGAAAGACUGGAGACGGAUGAGCAAGAUGUCACUCCAUAGUCACACAUUUGUAUAUAGACUGUCAACGUGAAAAAAAGAAACACGCUGAAGAAAAAACAUGUUGAUAUAAGGAAAGGGUUGCACGUCAUUCCUAUACCCUUCACCUACCAGCUGAAGACGGGAGCUGUGUACAGAAGAGACACUCAGUAAUUAAUGAAAAUGGCUUUGGUGUGUGUGCGUGCAUGUGUGUGCAUGAAAUAAGCAAUUGUUCUUUCUCGUCUUUCUUUUAGGAUGCGUGCGAAGGAGCGCGCGUGUUAAUGCUGCACAGACUGCCUUUACAGGUGCUUUGGAAUCCCAUUGUGUACAGAGAGACGUGUAUUUAAGAAAAAAAAAUUAAGAGAAAGGCUUCCUGAGCGAAAUAAACAAGUGUCGUUUAGCAAUGUACAAAA